AUGCCAAAAAAGGAAAUAAAGAUGCCCACUUUGAAAAGGCUUUGAUUAAAAGGAAAACAAAGUCGGAAGAAGGUUUAACUUAGGGGAAUUCUGCCUCCUACUGUCACGUUUACGGGAAACAGCUCAAGUAGAAAGACUAAAUAAGAUAGUUCCAAUAAUAAAGUUUUUCUAUGCUUAUCUAAACAUUGGCUGAAAAUCUCGCGGACUACGUAACAUAAUUCUUAUUUUCACUCACCUCGAAGGUUUUGUUCCCAAAAUAUGUGAAUUCGAAGGUUUUUCAACAUGGACUCGAUGUUUUCCAUCUUAAACAAUGUGACGAACAACACAAACAACUCAGCAGAAAUCGCGCCAACGGCGGCGCCAAGUGAACCGGUAAUGAUUGAAAAACCCUUCUACAAAUGGUUCCGCGUCGCAGCAUACAGCUUCGUCUGCCUGAGCGGAGUGUUUGGUAACUUCAUGGUUAUCUUUGCCAGUCGUAAACCAGGCAUGAUUACAGUGAGCAACAUUCUCAUAGCCAACCUAGCAGUGGCAGAUUUCACUGUUUCUCUCAUCAACAUUCCCACCGUUGCUGUUUACGGUCAUCUGACGUACUGGCCAUUUGGCGGUUUUCUUUGCAAGCUCAUUCCAUUCCUGCAAGGCUUGACGUUAUCUGCUUCGGCUGGAACUCUGGUAGCCAUCGCUGUAGAACGAUACUGGCAAAUUGUUCGGUACACGAAGCGGAAGCCUAAGGUCAGAGAAGCUUACCAAGCCGCUUUAGUCAUUUGGGCGUCCUCCAUUUUCAUCCCUCUUCCGAUGGCGGUGUUCAGUAAGAUCACAAUGUGGAAACAAAGAGAGGAAGAAUUCGCGAUCUGCGUCGAAGAAUGGCCAAAUCAGAAAAUAAGGCAAGCUUACACAACACUGUUGUUCUUGCUGAUGUACUUCUUUCCCUUGCUGCUUAUCUGUGUCCUUUAUGUACAGAUUAGUCGCUUCUUGAAGAACCUGCCGCCAAUUCGACGAGUAACCACCCGAGUUCAGGGGAAGACGGUCCGAAUGCUGACUAUUGUCGUGGUGUUGUUCGGCUUCUGCUGGUUACCAUACCAUAUUGUUUACAUGUACCUUGACUUCAGUCAGUCGCAAUACACCCAAGCUAUCACCUCAUUAGUCCUGUUAGUUCAGUGGCUGAUGUUUGCAAACAGCGCCUGCAAUCCUGUUGUAUAUGCGGUCUUAAACGUCAACUUCAGGCGCAAGUUCUUUGCGAUGCUUUUCAGACAGCAGACGGGACGAAGGCUAAAUAAUGAGCAUGUGUCGAUACGCGUCCAAACAGUACGAAGCGCCGUGUAGAAGUGUCACCGUCCUCCUCGAGCUACAAUACGAAGGCACAUCGUAACGGAAGAUUUCAUUUUGAAUGUUAUUUCUAUUUAUGUUAAGUAGAUAUUAAGAGGCUGUCUCUGUAAGAACCCACCACUGAUUUUACU